AUGCGUCGACCACAUCCCUCAUCAAAUGAUGAACUGUCGGAGACGGAAAGCUUCAUGAAUGAUAUUAGUACAAGAACAGUUCACAAUCAUAAACGUACCAGAUUGAAUGCAAGCAAGUUACAACAACAACAACCAACAAUAACUACAUCGGUUCAUACAUCUUUAAAUAAUCGUACUCAUGUAACAACAACAAUAGAUGAAGUGAUCUCGAUCGAAGCUGAACGUUUUGCACAAUCAAGAUAUCCCUUUCCACCCUUUAUCAUUCGCUUCGCAACGCCAAAUAUUAAGGAACAAACAGUGGCAGAUGUUCUUCGUAAACAUUUAAAACAACAUAAUCAACUAGAUAUCGAAUUUGUCGGUUAUCGACGUUCAACAAAUAAAUGCAGCAAUAAUGAAAUUGAUAUACUAUUAUUUGUAAAAGAUAGUUAUUCAUUCGCAUGUCUAUUCGAUGAUUCCGAUUGGCCUACAUUGCUUAAUGGAGAAAUGUUUGUUCGAUCUCAUAAACCACCAAUACUACCUCAAUUGUCAUUAAUAAUUAAAAACGUUGGAUUAAAUAUUGAUUGGGACUUCCAGAGUCUACCUAGUGCUCAAAAAUCAACUAUUCAAGGUUAUAAAACUAAUAACCACAGUAACAACAAUAAUGGUGCAAUAUUAUCAAAAUUAAAUGAAAUGAAUCAAAAUAUGUCUAAAGUUAAUGUAAUAUUAGAAAAAUCAUCCUCGACAAAUGCUAAAUUUGAACAAUUCAUGGCCAAUGUAAUUGAACAAGAUAAAAAAGUGGAAAUGAACAUACAAGAUUUACAAAAGAAUGGACAAACAAUGAUGUCUCAUAUUACACAACUACAAGUUUAUUCAACUCGACAUGAAAAUCUUUUUAAAAAAGUAUUCUUACCAAUAAUAGACGACUUGUUGAAAUUUAUGUUAAGUAUGAAUCGGGAUAAACAUGAUAGAGUUGUUGAUGCCGAUUUCGGUGUUACACUUGAAUGA